AUAGCCGGCCUUUCUCUCUCCUCAAGUUCUCAUUACAGUUUCUCUCUCAUACACUUUCCCAUUUCCUCCUGUAUUGUCCUCUCUGUCUCCUUGAUUCUCCUCCCAUUCUUCAAAGCAAACAACAACAACAACAAACUACAGUCCAUCAUCCCAAGAAGAAAACAACAACACAACCUCACUUUCUCUUUCCUCUCUCCUAAACCUCAUCACAAAAAACAACAUUUUGCACACUUACCCACCAAAAAUCAAAUCAAACUAACCGAAAAAAGUUAAAGAAUGCUUGAAUCUCCGGCGAACCACCAGCGGAGAUCAUGACGACAACCCAACAACAACUACCGCAAGCACAAGUACAACUGUCGCCGCUGCACAAAAUGCAGGGGACUUUGAAGCUGAAAACACUCCGUAGGACCUACAGUCUUUGCUCACGCGCUCCCAUCUCCCCAACAACCACUGGGAAGUACUCUGAAUCUACACAAUCGUCAGAAGAAGAGGCGGAUGAGGAGGAAGAAGAAGAGGAGCUAGAAGUAUCGUCUUCGGAGGAAGAGAAACCCCAUCAAGUGGUGAAAGUACAAUCUCAAAUGAGUAAGAACAGGUCGGCGGCGAGUCUCCGGCGAGUGUCACCUGAGAUUGAGGGUUCAAUGUCAUUGAGCGUAGGCGUAGAGAGGAACCUGCCGAACGGGGAUUAUUAUACGGGGACAUUCUACGGGAAUGUACCCCAUGGAAGUGGGAAGUAUUUAUGGUCUGAUGGGUGUAUGUAUGAAGGGGAAUGGAGGAGAGGGAAGGCAACAGGGAAGGGGAGGUUUUCAUGGCCGUCAGGGGCGACAUAUGAGGGGGAGUUUAAGGGAGGGAGAAUGGAGGGUUUGGGAACAUUUACAGGGACAGAAGGGGAUACAUAUAGAGGAAUGUGGGAGGCGGAUAAGAAGCAUGGAAAAGGGGAGAAGUUAUAUGCAAAUGGGGAUGUGUAUGAAGGUGAUUGGAGGGGGAAUGUGCAACAUGGAGAAGGUAAAUAUGUGUGGAAAAAUGGGAAUGUGUAUGUUGGGGAUUGGAACAAUGGGGUUAUCUUUGGUAAAGGUGUUUUGAUAUGGGCGAAUGGGAAUCGAUACGAAGGCUAUUGGGAGAAUGGGAUUCCGAAAGGGGCUGGGGUUUUUACGAGGCCGGAUGGUAGUACUUAUGCAGGAAAUUGGGGGAAUGGUGAUAAUACUGCUACUGAUGGUGUUGCUGAUGAUGUUGUUGAGGGGGUGAAUGUUAAUGUUAAUGUCAAUGUCAAUGUCAAUGUCAAUGUCAAUGUCAAUUUGGUUCCUACGAAUACUGGUAAAAGGAUGAGUGUUUCGGAUAGAGGGGUUAAUUUUCCACGAAUUUGUAUAUGGGAAGCGGAUGAGGAUGCUGGGGAUAUUACUUGUGAUAUUAUUGAUAAUUCAGAGGCUUCUAAAUUGUAUAGGAUUGCUAGUAACAAGAGUCCCAAGGCUGCUUUGAGUAGGACCCAAAGUCCUAGGAAUUUGAAUAUUGUUAACAAUGUCAGUUCUACGCCUUCAACACCCUAUUGGUAUGGUGGUGGAUGUGAUGAGAUUAAGAAGCCUGGACAACCUAUAACCAAAGGGCAUAAAAAUUAUGAGCUUAUGCUUAAUUUGCAAUUAGGAGUCAGUUUUAUAAUGUAUAGGCAUUCUGUUGGGAAGCAUGCCUCGAAAACUCGUGAUCUUAAGAGUUCUGAUUUUGAACCUAAGGAGAAAUUUUGGACUAGGUUCCCUCCAGAAGGAUCUAAACAUACACCUCCACAUCAAUCAGCUGAUUUCAGAUGGAAAGAUUAUUGUCCCAUGGUGUUCAGACAUUUGAGAGAACUAUUUGGGACUGAUCCAGCUGAGUAUAUGCUAGCUAUUUGUGGAAGUGACGCUUUGAGAGAGUUUUCAUCCCCUGGGAAGAGUGGGAGUUGCUUCUAUUUAACUCAAGAUGAUCGGUAUAUGAUUAAAACUGUCAAGAAGGCCGAGGUUAAGGUACUCAUCAAAAUGCUGCCAAAAUACUACGACCAUGUUUCUAAGUACAAGAACACCUUGGUGACAAAGUUCUUUGGCGUGCAUUGUGUCAAACUCAAAGCAGUUGGUGGUCAGAAGACACGCUUCAUUGUUAUGGGAAAUUUGUUUCACUCUGAGUACCGUAUUCAUAAAAGAUUUGAUCUAAAAGGAUCUUCACACGGUCGGUCGAUUGAUAAGCCGGAAGGUGAAAUUGAUGAGACUACCACCCUGAAGGACCUAGACUUAAACUUUGUGUUUCGCCUACAGCAAUCUUGGUUCCAAGAGCUGAUGAUGCAAGUUGAUAGAGAUUGUGAAUUCUUAGAGGCAGAGAGAAUUAUGGAUUAUAGUCUGUUGAUUGGUCUUCAUUUCCGCGAGGAUUGUUCUAAUAAUGAGCGAGGGCUGUCACCUACUGGUAGAGGAGGAACAUAUCAUGAUAAAAGUUCGCCUCUGGGGUACGAGAUAUUUUCGCAGGAGUCAAACUGUAUAAUGGAAGGAAAGAGACCUUUCAUCCGGCUAGGAGCAAACAUGCCUGCACGAGCAGAGCGAGUAUCACGGACAGAAUUCGAAGGAAAUGGAACUCCACGAAGUGUAAAUGGUGGAAAUGGUGGUGGAGAGGUAUAUGAUGUAAUUCUUUAUUUUGGUAUCAUUGACAUUCUCCAAGAUUAUGAUAUCAGCAAAAAGCUUGAACAUGCUUACAAGUCCUUGCAAGCGGAUCCCGCCUCCAUCUCGGCUGUGGAUCCAAAGCUCUACUCUAAAAGGUUUCGGGAUUUCAUGCAUCGCGUCUUUGUACAAGACGAGUAAACAAAAGAACCAACAACAAUCACACCUCAACUAUAUCACCAUUACACACAUUGUCCAUUGUUUUUGCGACCCCGGACCAGGACCCCCCCUCAAAGAGCAGCACUCGGGGUUAUUUAAACAUGGUUUCACCUCACCAUCAAUGGCUCAUUGAAUCAUAUAGUACUAAUACAUUUUUAUGGCAGGCUGAAUUUUUUGGGAUCAGCCAUUAUACUUCAGAGAAAGAGAUUAAUUAAGGGGGGUUAAUACAUUUUGUACAUUGUAGGGAACAAUUAUGCAUUUGGGUUGGGGAGCAUAAAUUUUUGUAUUUAUUGUUUUUUUUUUUUUCGGGUUUUGGGGAAUUUUUUAAUUUUUAUUUUGUGUUUCCCUUCCCUGGAUUGUUUGCCAGGAAGUAAAAAGAAAUAGGAAAAUUAAAAAUAAUUGUACAGUUAAAAAGGAAAGGGAAAGUUUGGAUGACA